AUGGCCGUCAUGGGAUCCUCCACCACCCGCUGCCCCGUCGCCUACGGCCGCUCUGGCUACAACAAGGACGGUGACGAUGAGGAGCAAGACAAGAACCUCAUCAACUUUGGACGUUCCGGCUACAACAAGGACGGCGAUGACGACGAGGAGAACAAGUUCCGCAACUUUGGCCGCUCUGGUUACAACAAGGGCGACGAUGGUGAUGAUGAGCAGCAGAAGUAA